CGGGAAUAGAAAUUCAAACAUUUUUUAUGUCAAGAUUCACAGAUGCCAAUUCGAUGUGGAUGUUAUCAUUGAUCCUAAAACCAGGUGGACGCGGGAAUCCCCAGAAUGUGGAGAAGACCUUACUCAACAGGGGACAAAGAAGCGACAACUAGAUACGGAUAUGUAAUAGAGAGACGAUCAAAGGGCGUGACUGGUUAUGAACUAACUUAUCUCUCGGUUACGCAGCAAUCCCCCCCACACGAAGUAGGCAAUUCGGGCUUGGACCCGACGAGUUGGAGUCAUAUCGGAGCGCUUCUAUCUCAGACGCCUCGUGAUAAGAACCUCAAUCUAGCCGGUCAAUGGUUGGAUCCAACUCUCCCUCUUUCUCUUCAUCAAGUGAGAGAAUCAGCCAUCAAUUAGUCAAGUUCAAACAUAUCAACGUUGCUAUAAUGUUGAUACUAUCACCAAGCUUCAUGCUUGGAGCCGCCGCUCUCCUUGUCAUUACUCAUAUCAUUAUCCGCUUGACUUCGGCUACCGCAAAGGUUCCCGGUCCCUUCGUAUCCAACUUCACCUCACUUGUACUGAAAUGGCACGAACUCAAUGCCAACCGUACCAUGUACAUUCACGAGCUUCAUAAGAGAUAUGGCCCAGUGGUCAGGGUCGCACCCAAUGAGGUCUCCUUCACUUCGAUUGAUGCUCUCAAAGAAAUUUAUGGUUCCGGUGGUAGCGGAUAUGACAAGACCGAGUUUUAUGACCUCUUUCAAGUCUACGGCAAGCGAACAAUGUUCUCAACAUUGGUUAAAGGCGACCAUGCGAAACGACGGAGGAUGAUUGGCGAUAGAUAUGCCAACAGCAACGUAAUGAAGCAAGCCCCCCUGGCCGGGAUACAAGAACGCUCCAAGAGGUUUGUUGAGCGUUGUGUUGACUCACCUGACAAGACGGCAGACGUAUUUGUAAGAGCGUUGCACGCAUAUGCUUGUGAUUGUGUUACGCACCAGUUGUUUCACCCAUAUGGAAGCAACUGCCUGCAAAACAAGGACGAUGAAGAAAUGAUGCAUCAAGUUGCUGCCGAUGACAGUCUUCAAAACCGUCUGGUUCAGUACUAUAGCCCGAUUCUUCACCGUCUUGGAUCCAGCAUUCUGACUAGCUUUGCCAAACCUCGAUUGAUUCCCCUGGCCGACAACUUUGUGAUUGAAAACGCCAAAGAAAAUGGUGCGGCAGAUUUCACCGUAUUAAACCGGCUCAAGGAGAAGGAUAGCGUCCUUGAUACUAUCGACAUGGCUGCCGAGUGUCUCGAUCAUAUGGCUGCUGGCAUCGAUACAACCGGCGACGUUCUGUGCUUCUUAAUGUGGGAACUUUCACAACCCCGGUCGACAAAGUAUCAACGACUUCUGCGAGAAGAGUUUCGAAGCAAGCCUGACGCCCACUUUGACGAGUUGCCCAUGCUAGAUGCUGUCCUAAACGAGGGACUGAGAUGUUUCCCCGCUAUUCCAAUGUCAUUGCCUCGAUACGUCCCCCACGGUGGCCGUGUCAUUGAUGGGUUCUCCUUACCCGAGAAGUCAGUUGUCAGUUGUCAGGCCCUUUCAGUUCACCGAAUCAACGAUCAUGUCUUCCCCGAGCCGGACAAGUUCUACCCUGAAAGGUGGUUGGAAGCCGAAGGAGACGCUGACCGACGAAGACACCAAUGGGCCUUCUCCAGUGGAGGAAGAGGAUGCAUCGGGAAACACCUUGCCAUGGCGGAGAUGAAGACCCUGCUGCGAGACGUGUAUUCACGAUACGAAACUGAGCCGGAUGAAUCAAUGAAGAGCGAAUCUAUGGCGAUGGACGAUCAAUUGAUAUCCUCACGACCUCUCGGAAAGCGAUGCCUCCUUAAAUUCGUGCCUGUGAAGGGCUGAACUAUGAUUCAGAGACCGCGACAACGAGUUGAUGAGCAUUGACGAGGAGACGGGAGCUUGAUCAGGGCAUCAGAAUCGCGAGUAGUAUACACACUAAGGGCAUGUUUUAUCAAUACAGUGCAGUUGUCAUAGAUUAAAGGAUGGGCUCGGCAACUCGGCGAUAGGGGAUGUCAAAAGCUCAAACAACUUCAGCUGAGGGAAGAGAGUAUUUCUACCACGUAUGUAAGAGAAACUCACAAUCAAAAACCAACUCAAACAACAACAGAUCGUGAUUGCAUUCGUUGGUUGGAGUUUGUGGCUUUUAAAUCCGAAUACACCGAUGUCGUAUUUGUCA